UUUGCCAUGAAGUGGACGUUCGUCCUUGUACUCGUCUCUUCUCUAGCUUUCCUUUCCUUUGCUUCAGCACAGCUGGUUAUCAACGAACUGAACGCAGACAAUCCGGGCAUCGACACUGCAGAAUUUCUCGAGCUGUAUGACGGCGGGAGAGGCAACACAGAUCUCAGCAGCUACCAAGUUGUGCUUUUCAACGGAAAUCUUCCAAAUGACACUAGCUACGACGUUAUUGACCUGCAAGGCAAGACAACCAACCAGCAAGGAUAUUUUUUGAUUGGCUCUGCUGCGGUUUCCCCGCCGGUUGAUCUAGUGGAUUCAAACAACUUUCUACAGAAUGGUGCAGACGCUGUGGCAUUGUACAAUACAACAAUCAACAAGUUGGUAAAGGGUAACCCUCCAACCCAAGUUGGUCUCGUUGAUGCCAUUGUGUACAGUCGUUCCACUAGUGUAGAUGUAGGUCUUGUCAACUUACUGACACCAGGACAGUCACAGCUACACGAGGAUGACGAUCAUUUGGUUGGGAAUGAAGACGAGUCUUUGAGUCGAUGUCAGUGCUGUCAGACUCUCACUUCUUCUGUUUUCAGACUCUCUCCCAUUUCUCCUGGAGCGGAAAAUAACUGCAGCACAGUAUCACCCAUGACAGCUACUUCAGUAUCACCCAUCAGUCCUACAGCUCAGAUGCAGGCUAAUUAUACUGUUUGCAGGUCAGACAUAAUCAUCAAUGAAAUUAAUGCAGACACUUCAGGAGGUGGAGAUGUCACUGAGUUUAUAGAGCUUUAUGAUGGAGGGAAAGGAAAUGUUGGUCUAGAUGGUCAUACUUUGGUUUUGUUUAAUGGAAAUGGAGACAAGUCGUAUUUUACAGUCUCUCUAACCGGAUAUAAAACAGACAAGAAUGGUUACUUUUUGCUCGGAGCAUCAAGUUUUAACCCUGACAUUGUCCUGAACAGGGACACUGUUCAAAAUGGUCCUGAUGGUGUUGCGUUGUAUUUGGACUCACCUAUUCGCUUUCCAAGUGGUACACUCCCUACAACUCAUAGAAUCGUUGAUGCUGUUGUGUAUGGAACACGAGAUGCACCUGAUACUGCACUAAUUAAUGCUCUGCUACAAAGUAACUAUCAAGUAAAUGAGGAUUUUGCACAUCAUUCUGGAGAAGAGUCUAUUAGUCGUUGUGGGAGUCAAGCUCAAGUUCAUCCUGAAUCAUUUGUGUUGACACACCCAACUCCAAAACAGCCAAAUGACUGCACGGGAUCCCCAACUCCUAGAUCUCCUUUUCCAGUAGUGACUCAAGUGUGUCAACCAUUUGAUCGUCAGACAGUGUUAAACACUUCAGCAGGGAUAUUUAUCAGUGAGGUUAUCACUGACCAGGAGACUUCUGGUGAUAUGGAAUUUGUUGAGUUGUAUGAUGGUGGUAGGGGCAAUGUGUCUUUGCAGGAUUAUGUAUUGUAUGUUGUUGAUGGCAACUCUAGUCAAAUUACAUGCAUUAAGUUGUCCAACUACCAGACCAGCGCGUCAGGCUUCUUUGUAAUUGGAACCUCUGCAGUCAAGCCAACACCUUCGAUUGUGUUGGAUGUGCUGGACAUUGAUUCAGGAGCUGUUGCUUUGUAUGCAGACCAAAAGUAUUGUCGUUUAUACUUGUCUGUGCAGAAUCUGGUUGAUGCGGUAGUAUUUGGUUCUGGACCAAAAAUUGACACUUUCUUGGGUAUUCUUGUUCCUGGGUACAAUGCAAUCAAGUAUAGUCCUUUAACUGGAUGUUCUAUCUCAAGAACUGAAAAUGAUAUACCUUUGGACUUAUUUUCAUUUACUCUGCAAUCUUCAACUCCUGGACAACUUAACGCUCGUCCUUUGUCUCCAAGUGGUGUGUGUGGAGGUCCAUCCUAUCCAUUUGUAUUAAUCAAUGAAGUGAAUGCUGAUGAUCCAGAGACUGACGAUGUUGAGUUUCUUGAGUUGUAUGAUGGUGGAGUAGGCAAUACCAGUCUAGAUGGUUUAAUUGUUGUCUUUUUUAAUGGCAAUGAUGACAACGACGGUAGCUAUUUGACCAUUGAUUUGAAAGGGAAGCAGACCAGCAGUAAAGGAUUUUUCAUCAUUGGCAUGCCACUUGUGACUCCAAAGCCAGAUCUAGUCAUCGAUAACUCUUUCUUACAGAAUGGUGUGGAUGCAAUCGGUAUAUAUUAUGCUCAAGCUAGCAGGUUUGUAUAUAAAACUGCACCCACUCGCAUAGGAUUGGUAGAUGCAAUAGUUUACAGUGCCAGAACGUUUCCAGAUUAUGAUUUGGUGAAUGCCCUUCUUCCUAAUCAAACGCAGGUAUAUGAAAAUCCUUUCUACAUAUACAAUGGAGAUGAAACCAUCAGUCGUUGCCAAUGCUGCCAAACAAACAAUGCAUCAGUUUACAGGAUUGGUCGUCCAACUCCUGGUGCAGAGAAUGAUUGUAGUCUUUUGUCUCCUCCUGUGCCAACAGUUCGUCCCAAUUUUGCUGCUUGUCAGUUCGACAUUUUGCUUAAUGAAAUUAAUGCCGAUACACCUGGUAGUGAUGAUGCAGAAUUUAUUGAAUUAUACGAUGGUGGGAGGGGAAAUAUCGCUUUGGAUGGACUUGUGUUAGUUCUCUUCAACGGAAAUUAUGGAGACCGGUCUUAUAUGACUAUUCCUCUGACAGGAUACACAACUGACAGUGAUGGUUACUUGUUGCUGGGAGCCACUCAGUACAAUCCAGAGAUAGUUGUACCUGCGAAUACUGUUCAAAAUGGACCGGAUGGUAUUGCACUUUAUAUUGACUCACCUAAUGCUUUUCCACAGGAUACAGUUGCUACUUCAAGAAACAUUGUUGAUGGUGUGGUGUAUGGAACUAAUGACAAUACGGACUACUCACUGAUAGUGGAGUUGCUUCCUACAAUACAUCAAGUGAACGAGGACUGGAAUCAUCAUCCAGGCGAGGAAUCUAUCAGUCGUUGUUUAAGUCUAAAGCAGCUGCAUCCACGGUCGUUCCAAUUGUCUCGACCGACUCCAAGACAGGCAAACAACUGCACAGGUCGUCCAACACCACCAACACCAGCACAAGUCACAUUGUCCAACUGUACCCGUGCCAAUCGUCAGUCGCUUAUACAAUCAUCAUAUGGUAUUGUAAUCAGUGAAGUGAGAACAGCUACUGCAGGAAUCAUGGGAUACAUUGAAUUGUAUGAUGGUGGCAAAGGCGGCAUCCAAUUGGAUGGCACAGCAGUGUAUGUGUUUAAUGCUGACAGUAUGCAAGUUACUCAGUGUUGGCUGUUGACUUCUGAUGAUGUCACCAAUCCAUCUGGACGUUAUGUCUUGAACGUGAGUACGACCGAGGUUACAGCAGGUGCAGUAGCAAUUUAUGGCAAUCAGGACAAGUGUCGUUUGUAUGCAUCAGUGGAAGGCUUGGCUGAUGCCAUAGUGUUUGGAAGUGGUGAGAGGACACAGUCCUUGCUGAAAAUUUUGAUGCCAGGACAGAGUGCAGUAUCCAUUACUCAGAUGGGUGAGAUCUCCUUAUCGAGAUGUGACUGUUGCUCAGCCUUUAGUGUGAAGUCAUUUCAAGUAGGCAUGCUAACGCCUGGAAAGAGUAACAUAUGUGAACAGCCAACUGUCAAGCCUGAAGAAUCUUCUAGUUCAGGACUGUCAGGAGGUGCCAUUGCUGGAACUGUUCUCUCUGUCUUUGUGGCAGUGCUGAUUGUAGUGAUUAUGUUGAUUGUUUUGAUCUCCAAGCGUCGUACAAAGGAGCAAGUGGAUGCGCCGUUUCAGUAUACCAAAAAGUCAGAUGAAGUUUCAGGAAACGUUUACAGCAGCUAAGUUUUUCUAGUCACUGAUAAGCUCAUCUGUGUCUAUUUUGCAUAAUUAGCAUUUGUGUAAUCGUUCAAGUACGUGUAAUGCUAAAGUAAACUUUGUAUAAUUAAGGAACUGGUUUGGUACUUUCUGUGGUUGCUUGUUUGUUUGAUUGUUUCACUGCAUUGCUUUUAGGUUAAAUGUUUGAGUAUAAUGUUUUUCAGCGUACAUGCUAACUCUUUUGUUAAAUAAAGUUAACUUUGUGGAGGACUAGAUGUAUUGUUACAGAUAUAUUGCUGUUUGUGAGUUAUACGGGUACAUGCAAGGUGUGAGUUGAAAGGAACAGAUACAUCAAUGCGUG